CACAAUUAAACAGCCCUCCAGUUUUCAGGUCGACAACAACAAAGCAACAACUGAAGCCUCUGCUCUGCCCGGACGUCCCUGGCUACAAUGGCUCUGUGAAUUCUCAACGUGUUUGGACCGACUAACAAGUCGUGCUUUGCUUUUGCAACGCACCUUAAGUGCCCUACAGUUUUCCGCAAGAAUGGAGUUUCACUAUGCCUGCCGCAUCCUGCUCUCUGUGGCCCAUCUGUCAGACCCCGCUCACCUCCACCACUACAACCUCGAUCUUGGACUGAACCAGACCAAUCACCAUGAUGGCAACCUCGGCUCCUGUUUGGAAGAGUCUGCGUGUGUGCCUGGCAGACCCCCUCGCUCUCUCUCACCCACAGGCUAACCUCAGCCAAUCACAGGGGUGCAGGGGGGAGGUGUCAGAGGAGACGCAGCACUUAAUUGGUGAUGGUCUUACGGACUGGAUGACAGAAGAAGUGGAUUUCUCCUCGUACCUCCCACACCCUCCUUCCCCUCCCUCCUCCACCAAUGCCUCCCUACCCCCCUCACCCCUUCACAAUGAUAUUCAGGUGCCCUCGGACUUGGAGGUCAUGACCUCUCUGCUGCAAGAAGAGCUCGCCCAGCUGGAGGACUACUUCCUGUCCGAACCACUGCCAGAAAAGGGGCCACGACUGGGAAAAUGUGACAAAGGUCCGGUGCCGGCGGGUCCACAGGCGUUCAGUCAACUGCCAUACGCAUCAUAUCCAACGUCCAACCAACCGGAGACCAGCCCACUACUUGUUACCCUGGCAACUGGUGAACUGGACCUGCUGAGCAUCUGUGGUGGGCCCCUCGGGCGAUCCAAAAUACCAAGACACGCCCCGUAUAGCUGCAGUCGCCCCACUGGAAGUGGGAGAAAGCGAGUGGACGGGCUGCGGUUCAGUGACGGCUACGACACAAGUCUGUUAAGUUCCAAAGGCAGUAACUCAGGGAGCUCCGCGCUCACUUUGACAGGAAGUUACAGCUGUGCGGACGACGAACAACUGCUGGGGAAAAGCUACUGUCUGGGCAGCGCCGUUGAGGUCAGGCGAUGUCAGGUCCUACCAAAAGAAGAAAAAAACUGCUGCUUCAGCCAAGAUAUUUUAGGAACGGCAAAGAUCGUCAGUGGUGGAUUUGGUUUUGGUGGACCAAUUGAAGUCCCCCACAAAAAAGAAGAUCUGCUGAUGUACAGCAUGAGAGAGGUGAGCGGAGGAACCGGCAGCAGCGAGGUGCUGAACACCAUCAAGACGAGUGUGGAAGUGACCAAAGCCACAGUGUCAUGGAAGAGUGAAGGCAGUGAGUGUUACCUCCCCACAACUCAGUCUGAGGCCUAUCACAGCUUUUUAGGCAACAUCAACGAGCAGGUCAAAGCCGAGAGCUUACAAAUGGGCCAGCAUGAUCUGCACUGCGGCUUCCUUGAAGAGCAGAGCUCAGAGUGCUUUCUAAUGUCCAGGGAGAGUGUGAACCUGGAGUCGUCAGGGCACAGACAGGCGUGCAGGCUGAAGGAGGACCACUGUCCGGUCAAAUAUGAGGUGGACAUCAUCCCAGUGGAAGGUGGGGAGCGCAAACAGAAAAAACGUGACCAGAACAAAACCGCUGCACACAGAUACCGGCAGAGAAAGAGAGCAGAGCUGGAUUCACUGGAGGAGCAGCUACACUGUUUGGAGGGGAGGAAUCGUGAGCUGCGGGACAAGGCUGAAUCUGUGGAGCGAGAGAUCCAGUACGUCAAAGACCUGCUCAUCGAAGUUUACAAGGCCCGCAGUCAGAGGCUCAAACAGGACACUACCGCCUAAUGUGAAAAAGAGGAGCUGGAAUUUCAGUUUUUAUGAUUGUUCAGAUAUGAAUGUUCAUUUUUCCUGAUGGGUGGGGUAACUGCAUGCUUUACUAAUAUUUGUUUUGUUUUUUUUAAAACAAGUCUAUCCAAUGCUUCCAUCGCAAUUGUACUCUUCAGAUUUAAUCCCUUCAGUCUGCACUGUGGCAUUGAAAUGCUUGAAAUGACAAUCAUUUAAAAUAGAUCUUAUGUGAUUGAAGUUGGGUUAUUUCUGAAGAAUAAUGUAACACAAUACAUACAGCAGGUAUAGGAUACUGAACCGCCUUAUUCGAACUGAUGUCAGCAAUAGAAAAUGUACUUUUAAUUUUUCUCUGUAAUUCACCCAGUAUAUUUUUGAUCAUCUAAAAACUGCGUUCUUUGUUCUAAGUAAUAGUAGUAAUCACUAUCUUGUCUUGAGAAGCAUAUUAAGAUUAAAUUUGUAAAACCAGUCAUUAUGUGAAUUUUUUUUUUUUUUUUUAUUCUCUUGUGAAAGCUUCCUAAAUAUACAAAGAACAUUGUGGUUUAUCUAUUUCUUUCUUUUACAUUCUUGUAGUAUUUUCACUUAUAAGAUUUUUAAGUUUCACAUAACAUUACAUUUUAUUGUGUUAUAAUUAUUUUUUUAUUUUUUUUAUUUUAGUGUCCCAAAAAAUUGCAAUCUGGUACAAGUUGUCUAUUGGCUUUUAUUACUCAGGCUCAAGCUCAAUCUUACAAAUGUUUUCAAAAAUGGAAAACAUUUGUAUAGCUAAAAUAUUCUAAGUGAUCAAAUACUUUAUUGCAGCGGCAUUAGCCACUUAAUAUGAGUUUUUAAAUGUGCUUUUUUUUUUUUUUUCAUAACAUUGUCUUUUUUA